AUGCUUUCUUUAACUCACCUAUUGUACAAAACAUGGAUAUUGCUCUUGUGCAGGAACCAUACUGCACUUUUACACAUACUGCAAACAAGUUUGUUGUCCCGGGCAUUGGGCACUACAAGUUCAUUUCGUUCGUGCAUCGUCGUGCUUAAUCCGCUUGUGGAUGUACUACCUGCUAAUAUACUAAACUCCUACACUAUUGUCGUCGCUUCAGUGGAGUGCAGUGGGCUGUCCUUUGCUCUCAUUAGCGCGUACCUCCCGCCGAGGGAUGAGCUGACCGUGUCCGCGGAUACUAUGUCUUCUCUUAUCAAUGACAUUCCUUCCUGCGAUUAUUUGCAUGGAUGCUAAUGCCAAAAACCCUAUAUGGUUCUCAAACAUAUUAGACCACAGAGGCGAACUUCUCGAGAGUUUCGCUCUCGAGAAUGACUUACUAUGCAUUAACACUCCGCAGCCGCAUCACACCUUCAGCUCUCCUCUCGGCGAUAGUAACGUGGACCUUACCAUGUGCUCUGCAGCCCUUCUUAACAAAGUCUCUGAUUGGACGGUGACUCUUGACAUCUGCCCGAGUGGCCACCGGAUGAUAUCAUUUAAGCUUGCCUUGUCUUCCCCCAAGAGACAAAAAGACUAUGUCUGGUCUAGACAGAUCAGACAAGUCAACGUUGAUUAUGCUCUCGACGAAACUAUCAUCGGUAUGCGUGCUGUCGAUGGUUUUCCUUGGGCUCCUACCACUGAAUCUUAA